CGCGCGACUCCCAGCGCAGACCAUGGCGGCGCAGAGUGGUGUCCGUUGUUUGACCCGGGCGCUGCUCGCCGCCCCGAACUCUGGGGCAUGGAGAGGUCUGGGUACCUCGACCGGAGCGCGUGCCGCCUCGCGCAGCCAGGCAGAGGACAUGAGGGUGGAGGGUGCCUUUCCUGUGACCAUGCUGCCGGGUGACGGUGUGGGGCCUGAGCUGAUGCAUGCUGUCAAGGAGGUGUUCAAGGCUGCCGCUGUCCCUGUGGAGUUCAAGGAGCACCACCUGAGCGAGGUGCAGAAUAUGGCAUCUGAGGAGAAGCUGGAGCAGGUGCUGAGUUCCAUGAAAGAAAACAAGGUGGCCAUCAUUGGAAAGAUCCACACCCCAAUGGAGUAUAAGGGGGAACUAGCUUCCUACGAUAUGCGGCUGAGGCGUAAGCUGGACUUAUUUGCGAACGUAGUCCAUGUGAAGUCACUUCCUGGGUACAUGACUCGGCACAACAAUCUGGACCUGGUGAUCAUUCGAGAGCAGACUGAAGGGGAGUACAGCUCUCUGGAACAUGAGAGUGUGAGGGGUGUGAUUGAGUGCUUGAAGAUUGUCACUCGAGCCAAGUCUCAGCGGAUUGCAAAGUUCGCCUUUGACUACGCCACCAAGAAGGGGCGGAGCAAGGUUACUGCUGUCCACAAGGCCAACAUCAUGAAACUUGGGGAUGGAUUGUUCCUGCAGUGCUGUGAGGAGAUUGCUGAGCUAUACCCCAAAAUCAAGUUUGAGACAAUGAUCAUAGACAACUGCUGCAUGCAGCUGGUGCAGAAUCCUUACCAGUUUGAUGUACUUGUGAUGCCCAAUCUCUAUGGGAAUAUUAUUGAUAAUCUGGCUGCUGGCCUGGUUGGGGGAGCUGGUGUGGUCCCCGGUGAGAGCUACAGUGCAGAGUACGCAGUCUUUGAGAUGGGUGCCCGGCACCCAUUUGCCCAGGCAGUUGGCAGAAAUAUAGCAAACCCCACGGCCAUGCUGCUGUCAGCUUCCAACAUGCUCCGGCAUCUCAAUCUUGAGUAUCACUCCAACAUGAUUGCAGAUGCAGUGAAGAAGGUGAUCAAAGUUGGCAAGAUCCCAUCUGCUAUUCCGUCUUUCCUGCUCCUUCUACUGCCCUUUUCAUGGGCGUCUGAAUUCAGAACGUGCAGCUCUCUGGGAUAGAGCAGCUGAGGGAGAUAGGCAGGAUGCUUCACCUUCACACCUCGGGGGCCCAUCCUCAUCUUCCUUCCCCUGCUGUCUCCGGUCUGCAUUUUCCCAUCUCACUUCAUGCUCAGCCUCCCAUCCUGUGCUGGCAGCAGUGCAGCUUUAAUAGUGGUUCAGGAGAGAGAUGGGCAGGUUCAUGUGCUCCCAAACCUGGCCACCUCCUUCUUCCCGUCACUGCUGCAUUGCAUCUUCUGUUACCCCUUGGAUUCCGUUUCUUUGAUCCCACUGCCCUA